AUGUCGGGGUGGAGCGCGCUGAAUGGUGCGGGGGCGAGGGGCGGCGGCGGCGGCGGCGGCGCUAAAGAUAGCCGCCCCACGGCAACCACGCAGCAGCAGGCCGCGAGGCAGCGGGCGCGGCCCCACCGUUGCUCAGUCGCCGGCCGCGCGCCCACACGGCAUGCCGCACCAGCGCCCGCAGAGAUGAGCGAACGGGGUGGGGAUGCGGACAGCAGCUCGUGCUCGGAGCCCAGCUCCGGCACAGAGGCGGAGGACAUGGCAGCACUCACCGCAGACGUGCGCAGCCUCAAGGAGGCGCUCGCCAGCCUGCGACACGCCAUCGCACCCGCCUCCGGCUCCACCAACGCCGUGGAUCGGGAGAGCCAGCGCGUAGAGGCACACGCGUGUGUGGGCGAGGUGACUCGCAUCCUGCGAGCAGUGCUGGACAAGUAUCCCGCCAUGCAGUCGGCGCGGCUGCUCGCCGCUGCGGGUGCGCUCGUGCAACACAUGAAAGGUUUUGACUUCGAAAGUAACAACUCAGAGCCCAAAGAAUUCUUCGAGUGCAUUGAUCAGUUGGCCCUAGCAUUCAGCAGUCGGGUUUCCGAAUAUCUAAUGGGGGACCUGGAUGCUCCAGGUGCCUCACCUGCAAAUCGGAGUCUUAGCAGAGCAAAGUCGCUGGAGGACGUGCGGGACGGGGACUCCGGCGGAGGGGCGCUGCUGAGCGCGCGGCGGCUGCAGGCACAGCUCCGUGGAGAGCGGGUCGUGCCGCAGCUGCUGCAGCGCGCUAAGGCGUGGGCGCGGCACGCCAAGGAGCUGGCCGCCUACGUCCACAAGCGCUCCUACCUGCACGCCGAAUACGCCAAGGGGCUGGCCAAGCUGGCGCAAGCCCUGCGCCCUGCGCUGCACCAAGCCAGUAAUCUCCCUUUCCAGUCUGAGUAUUCGACGGCGCUGGACCACGACGUAGAGCUGUGUAACAACAGCCAGACGGUCUGCUGUCAGUUGGAUAAGAAGUACGUGCAGGCGCUGACGGACCGCCGGUCGGAGCACGAGCGCGUGCGCAAGCAGCUGAAGGCGCGCUGGGCCCGCGAGGAUAAAAACAUGCCGCGUGGACUUACACUUCAAGAAAUUCUAGCAGAAUUAGAGAAUCAUCAAGAGAGUGAUGAUGAAGAUGAUGACGUAGAAUGGGAGAUUAUUCCACCCGAUGCAGAUGUAAUAACAGAUGAAGAAGACAUUGACGAAAAUGUACUGAACAGUGAGUCUGUUGUACAAAAUAUGUACGAGGCAAACGCGAGCUGCAGGGCCAGUGUCGCUGAGGCGAAUGAAUGCUACCAGCAACUACAAAGGACCAAGAAUGAAAUUCUACAGCAGGGGCAAGAGUUGAUGGUGGAAAGUGACAGAGUCCUCAAAACCGCCACAGUGUCUUACUUCGAAUCUCAGCAGUCCCUCGCAGCACCCCUACCCUCACAGUUCCAGGAGCUGUGUGGACGGAGCGCCUUGUACGAGCCAGGAGCACACUAUGCAGAGCUGGCCAAGAACCCUGCCGACUGUGAGGAGGAGCUACUGGAGGACCCGUUCAUGUUCCAGCUUUUCUACUCGCCGCACAGCAUGAUCGAGGUCGAGCGCAAGUCAACGGGCUCCAUCGAAAGUGAAGAUAUGUACCAAGAUUCUUCUCUCUUCGAGCCCGACACUAAGCAGUCGAAAGCUGCUCUGACACACAAUUUUCGCUCUCUGAGGACACCUGGCCGUUGCCGAGAAUGUGAUUCGUACGUCUACUUCAUGGGUGUGGAAUGCAUAGAGUGUGGAAUGGUGUGCCACAAGAAGUGCGUUGUAGGGCUUUCUAUCACGUGUGGUCAUCGCCGUCUGCCUCGCAAAGUACCAGUGUUCGGAACAGACUUGAAUAACUACUUGUCAGAAACGGCACACCUCAUUCCGUUUAUUAUCUGUAAGUGUAUCGAUGAAAUAGACGCCCGUGGUCGGCAGUCAAAGGGCAUAUACAGGGUGUCUGGAGUGAAGACAAAAUUGGAUAAGCUGUGCAACGCUUUUGAAAUAGGUGGGGACCUUGUUGACCUCUCAGAUAUUCAUCCAAAUGUGAUCGCAGAUGUGCUGAAGAUAUACCUACGGCAGCUCCCCGAGCCGCUGCUGUCCUUCAAGCUCUAUCCAGAUUUUGUGAGGCUGGCCAAAGAAUUCGCUUCUGACGAAGACCUGGACCGGGCGCGGUGCGUACAGAGCUUCCGGGAGCUAGUGGCACGGCUGCCCAAGUCGCACUACCUGACACUGGCGGCCCUCAUGCUGCACCUAAAGAGGGUGGCCGACGAGGCAGACGUCAACAACAUGCCCGCCAGCAACCUGGGCAUCGUGUUCGGCCCCACGCUGCUGCGCCCAGACGAAAGCAUGCCAUCCAUGAACUCUCUGGUCGAUACUGCGCAGAAUUCGCGCGCGGUGGAGCUGAUGAUCCGACUGAGCGACGAGCUGUUCAGCAGCGAGGAGGUGUGGGAGGCGCGCCAGAAGCAGCUCAAGAUGCGAGAGCGGCUGGCGCAGGCACAGGCGCAGGCGCAGCAGAAGGCGGCGCGCGGCGGCUCCUUCCGGCUGCCCGGCACCUCGCGCUCCCACCACGAGCCCGACGCCAAGCCGCGGCCCAACUGUUGGGGAAACCUGUUGGGGGACCGGUCCCACAAGCUGGUGCACGAGCUGCUCAGCGAGGAGAAACGCUCGCAGUCAGAUGCGGCGCCCAGCGACCAGGCCCUGGCGCGCAACGACUCCUUCUCCAGCGCUGGCAGCGCCCUCAACUCGGAUGAAAAGGCCAACUACAUUCCGCAGCUGCACAAACAGAUACGCGUAUCGCUGUCGCUGAGCAACGCGUCCUACUCGGACCAGACGACGUCCAAGAGGCAGCAGAAGAGGAGCAUGAGCACUUACGGCAAGACGGCAUUCCAGAGUACCGAGGCGGUUUCCAGCAAGGUGUCGGUGUCCAAGGUGGAGCACGAGGGCAAGCUGGAGCGCGCCUGCAGCUACCGCCGCGUCACCGAGGAACGUUAA